CAGACUUCUCAUCAUCACAACAAGAGCCAGAAAGUCGACGAAUAUCAGUACGCAUGCGUCAAAAGACAAACACACGAGCAUGCGCAAACACUAUGAAGUCUAAGAAAAAAAUGUCCACAAGUAGGCAUGGAGGCAGUUUACACAACAAGCGGGACGCAGUGAGAAAAACGAGGAAGACGCACGCCGGUGGUGCAUUACAAUUGGCCAGGCGACAGUACGAACAACAAAAGAAGGCAGCAGAUGAAAAGAAGAAACUAGAGGAAGCUGAUCGUGCCAGGAAGGUGGAAGCGUUCAAAGUCAGUAAUGAAAAGCGUUGCCGGAAAAGACAGAAAAUGAACGAAAAAACAAAAAAGGGUCAACCUGUAAUGGCUAAUCGAAUAGACAUGUUACUCACAAAGAUACAGGCAUCAACAUGAACAGACAAUAUGAGUUCUCUUAUUUAUCAUUGGUAGCCAAUAUGAAUGGGGAAAAUUGUUUAAUCAUGUGCCAGUGUUUUUAACUGGUGUGUCUACUGAGUAAAAUUUGGUGUUUAAGAGGUAUUAAUUAAGACUAUUUCACAUGAAUAUUUGAUAAGCAAGUAUGCAGCAUACAUACAUACAUAUACACACAUACAUUUUUUACAAGGACCCUAAGGGCCCAGGUUCAAUACUGCAAUGACUAUACUUGCUAUACUCUAAACUUUCUAUACUUGCUAUACUCUACACUUUCAGCAGUCACACUAUCAUGUCACUAGGUACGUCAUACUUGCAUACUUCAUACUUCAUGCUUCA